CUUUGAUUCAGAACUCAUCCAGUUCCAACUCAAACCAAAACUCAAACAUGAAGACGAUCGUAGUUUUCGCCGCUCUCGUAGCCGUCGCCCUCGCCGCCGUCCCAAGGCGCAGGCAGGUCAGCCCACCCGGCAGUGAGACCAUCGUGCUGAAGGAACAGCUCCACGACAAUAUCGGUCUCGACGGCUACCAGUACAGCUACGAGCUCAGCGAUGGAUCCGCCAAGCAGGAAUCCUCCCAAAUCGAGGUCCGCGGCAACGAAGACGCCACCAACCGCGUCACCGGAUCCUACCGAUGGGUUGAUGAGCUCGGCCAGGAAUACGUCAUCACCUACGUCGCCGACGAAAACGGAUUCCAGCCCCAGGGUGCUCAUCUCCCAACCCCACCAUCAGCUCUGUAAACUGCCUUCGUCUCGUGUCGUUCCUAUAGUUAGUUAGUUGAAUAAACUGUUUUUUUUACCUAC